AUGCCGCUGCUGCCAGCAGCGGCGGGAGUGGUCUCUGCCCAGAAGGCGAGGGAACAGUUUGAUGAGGGUGAGCGAGCUCUCCGGGAACUGGAUGAUCAGAAGAACAACCGUGAAAAGGAAACAUCCUCAGACUUUGGACCCAGUGCUGAGUUUGCCUACCUUUACAGCCAGUGCUACGACCUAAUUACUAGCGAGUACAUCUACAGGCUCUGCCCAUUCAAUCGAGUGUCCCAGAAACCAAAGCACGGCGGCUCGGAGACCAGCUUAGGGUCCUGGGGUCAUUGGGACGGUCCCGAGGGUAACGUCUACGCCGUAAUGAAGUACGAGAAUGGAAUGGGAUGCUGGCAAGGCCCCAACAGAUAAAACCUAUCGAUAUUUUAAACCAAAUAAACGGUUAGACUCUUGUGGAUUUAACCGAAUACGUCUUAACGUACGAAAAAUGUAUUUAAAAAGGCAAACUUACCCGGAACGUUGACUUCUCUUUCUCUCGCGAAAGAUAAGCUAAUGGCUACUUGUAUCCUGACCUCGCGCUGCAGUUCCGUAGUGACGCAGUGCACAUGCGCACGGCCCCACCAAGCUGUAUUUUGCAAGCAUAUGAUUGGUUGGUCUUUCCAGGGCUAGUGUAGAUUGGUUAAACAUGGUGCAAUCAGCUUGCCGUUUCAUUGAUUCGUCGUUUACGUAUGGUACAUACCGAUUGGCUAAGAACGCCGUCAUUUAAGACGCUGCAGCCAUCUCGUGCCUGAGUUUUAUCAUGAUUUAUCUGGGUUAUGAUUUGAAAUGGUCAAAUUACAAAUAUCUCCGUAGUCUUCAAAAUGUUUAAUGACAAUACCACGAUUAUUCAUAUUUGAAUGUUUUACAUCCUGAUAUAUACUGUAAUAUACUAUGCUUACAUAGUAGCCUACAUUAAUGUAACAGUAUGUUGUUUUUAAUAUUGCACAGUAUUUUUUCCAUUAUAGACCAAACAAACUACAUUCAAAAGUACCAUGUAAUAUAAAAAUCGACCUUUAUUGUAUUUCUAACACACUUUACAGUACCGAACAGUGAAAA